AUGGCGGGCCGGGCGAGUGGCACGGGCGACCACGCGGGACAGCAGCGCUGGGCCUCAGGGCCGGGACAGCGCAGCAAAGAAAAGAAGAAAGUGGAUUGCAAGCCUAAGAACAAGGACGAGCAAGAAAUCCCUUUCAGGCUCCGAGAGAUUAUGAGGAGUCGACAGGAGAUGAAAAAGACGCUAAGUAACAAGAAGAGAAAAAAGAAGGUGGCUUUCAAGAAGACAUUGGAAAAGGAAGCAAAGGGAGAGGAGCCAGACAUCACUGUCCCCAAGUUCAAGCAAAGGAAGGGGGAGUCUGAUGUGGCCUACAUCCAGCGCAUGGAGCAGGAGCUCCAGCAUGUGCUGUUUCUUAGCAAGAAUCAGGCCACUCGGCAGCCAGAGGUGCAGGCAGCUCCCAAGAAGGAGAAGUCUGAGCGGAAGAAAGCGUUCCAGAAGCGACGAAUUGAAAAGGCCCAGAAGAAAAGAGAAGCAAGAGCAGUCGACAGAUUGGAGCAGAAGCUGCUAAAAGAUACUGUGAAGUUUGGAGAAGUUGUGCUGCAGCCCCCUGAGCUGACAGUUCAGCCUAGAAGGAGCACAAGCAGAGAUGCGCCUGGCAAGAAGUCGCUAAUGCUGAAGAUUCUGUUGGGCCCUGGUGGUGCGUCCCCGGCUCUAGCCACCUCACUGGUCGGCCAGCGGAUCCUGGGGGAAGAGCGGGAACGGGCUGUGGAGGCUUACAGAGCCCUGAAGAAGCUGCAUCGACAAGAAGCGACACCUGCACAGCCACCAGGCAGCUCUUUCCAGAGGACACUCCAGGCUUGUCUGUGA